GCAACCCACUCAAUAGCUCCUCAUAGCCGCUGACCUUGUAUUUGAAAACACUCAAUUAUACCCAAUACAUUUGCCGUUAAAAGUACGAAAUAAUAAUUUGACGGCCAAACCACAUAAUACUUUACUGAAUAAGUACCGCUGCUACAAUGCCCAAACCAGGCGACCAGCACGGGACAUGGCCGAAUCCCUUUGAGGAGGCAAAGCCGCGAAUAGCAGAAUGGUCUGCAGUUGAGAUUGCCACGAUUGCAUCCCGAUUGGAUAAGCAGCUUGGACCCGAAUACAUAUCAUCAAGAGCUGGACCCGGUGGCUCACGCGUACACUACCUCACGGCAGAGAAGUGCAUCACCCUCGCAAACGAAGUAUUUGGAUUCAACGGCUGGUCAUCAUCGAUCCAGACUAUACAAGUAGAUUUCGCCGACGAGAAUGCACAAACGGGCCGUGUCAGCAUCGGCCUCUCGGUUAUUGUACGAAUUACGCUGCGUGAUGGCACGUAUCACGAAGAUAUCGGCUACGGAUCUAUUGAGAACGCUAGAGGAAAAGCAAUGGCAUUCGAGAAGGCCAAGAAGGAGGGAACCACAGACGCAUUGAAACGAACGCUACGCAGCUUCGGCAAUGUCCUAGGCAACUGUAUCUACGACCAGGACUAUGUGAAGCAAGUCACCAAGAUCAAGGCCAACCCUGUCAGAAAGUUCAGCGAAGAUAACUUGCACCGUCACUCAGACUUUGCCCCGAAUCAAGAUACAAAGGAACCAGUGUCAAGGCCAACCACUGCCAUGGCCCCGCCUCCCAAGCCAGCCGCAGUAGCAGUCGAGUCCUUUGAUGACUUUCUCGGUGACUUUGACGAAGCAGAUUUUGCCGUCCCUGAAGACGGCCACCCCGACGAAAUAGUUGUCGCAGUUACCUCCGCCCCCAGCACACGCAACUCUUCCGCCCCGACACCAAAACCACCCCAAACUCCUAACCAAGCACAACCGCAACGCCCCAGCGGCGGCCCUUCAUCUGGACCACCACCGGCCAUUAGUGGCAUGGAACCAAACCCAGGAGAGCCCGUAGCAUUCUUCUCAGCGCGAUCUGUCUCGGCACCAUCCAUAACAAACGGCAACGGAGCCGGAGCCGCACCGAGCCGCCAACUCUUCAACCCGAAAGCUGAAAGCCCAUCGAUCCGCAAGACCCCCGGCAUCGACCACUCUUCGUCAAAGCCCCUCUCCCGCAGCGGCCAGCACGUCCCUCCAGCAAGCCAAGACGCCGAGACGCCAGGCAGACCAGGCGCCGGCGCCCCAGCAACCCGAGGCAAUGUUGUGAAUCCGGCCCUUGACCAUACGCGAAGAAUAGGCGCUCCUGGCGGUGCGGGAAGCCCGCUAGCAAACAGGAACUCGUACAAGCCGCCGACGAUGAAGCGGCCUCUGAUAGGCGAGAAUGCCCCGAAUCGCAUCCCGCUGGGCGAUGUGACGGCUAACGCUGCUGUUAUAGCUGGCGUGGUGAGCGAUGGCUUGGAUACGAAGCGACAGAAGACGACGUAAAUAGGUUCGCUGUAGUAAUGUGUUUCAUGCGUAUGGCGCCUGGUUUUGCUUUAUCAUUGUUAGUUCUCGGCGUUUUGCUUUCUUUUACAUGUCAGGCAGUGAGUGUAUGGUCUGGGACUGCUACCUACAGAGGUGGGCGAUACAGAGUUGCUCUUGAAGAUGCGACGGGAGGGAAGGAUGUCCAAAUGAUGGCUGAAGGAACUGAGGAGAAACAUGCUUUAUGAUCUGCUGAAAUCACACCAAUUUAGCUCGUCUGUAGAGACUGUUUGUUAUGGUCAAGUUUCUCUAAUAUUAUGAACUGAAUACGAUCUAUCUUUCUAUGUGCAGUUGAAAUGAAGUAAAAUAACAAAAAACCUCCCCUUAGGGCCAUUGUAACAAAAAGAGACUCGGAACAAAAAGAGAAAAAGAAAAUCAAAUGCUGGGCCAGCCGGUUGGCUGGUGGUAUCAGUGCCGUUUUCGCGCUUGUUUCUAAAUCAACUCAUAAUUCAUGUCAUCGUUAACGCUCCGGGCUGUUGACCGCCUCUGCUCGCUCGUUUAUCCAAUCAACCAUUUGCCUAAUUCCGGAGUUGGCUAUUCGGCCAGCCUUACCGGCACAUCUUGUAACGUGCCAGUAAGGCUUUGGUCGAUUUGAUUCCAAGCCCCCAAUCACACAGCCUUGCUUGAUCAGUCACCCGGUCUGGGGGUGGGAUGCGUGCAGUAGACCAGUAUUGGUAAAGCAGCCAGUGCGAGAAUCUCAGUAAUGGCAAGACUUGCGUUUCCGGUGCAUCCUAAUUCCCGUACAGACUGGCAGCUAAGGUUUCGGAUGGCCGGACUCUAUCCAAGCGCCACUCUCCUUCCAGCACAGCCUUGGGAGGUAGCAAUGCGACUUUGGAUUAUCUGGAAUCAGUGUCCUUUCAUUUUUUUUUGCUUGGUGGGAACGAGAGGGAGGCGGGACAAGUCGCGGCCAAGACGGGUGUGUGCGUGGUUGGCGCGCAAAGGUACAGCACAGGACAUUGCUGCAAGAGUCGGAUGGUAGUAGUGGUGGUGGCUCCAUUGCUGCCCCUCCCCCCUCCCACAGGCGGCUGACGACGAGGAUGCGACGGCCAUCUGCACAAGUACUCUGAGCGAGCUCGGGAAUUAGACACAUAUGCCCACAGAGACUUCUCUGCGACUGCCAGGACACCCCUUGACACUAGUGGCGUUGGUUGCAGCACCAGAGUGCGCCAGGACUGGCGAGGACUACCCACUGCGACCUCCCGUGUAGCUGCGUCGACUGCUGCAUCUUCCAGUCUGCAGACACACCAUGGCACCGGUUAUACCCGGCCGCCGUGGAUACUGCCCUCGCCUAGGUCUUCAUCUGUGUGGACUUCAGAUGGACUUUGUGUAGUUUGACGGAGGAGAAUCUCAUAUUCUGCAUGCAAAUCGACGUAGGCUUGUGUUAACGUUUGGUGUUGAUGCUGUGCGGUUUGCAAGAGCCCUUCUAGCUCGACAAUGCGCUGGUCCUUGCGUUCGCGGUACUUGCGCUGAGCUUCGCGGUUCUGUUCUCGGCGAC